CUGCCGCCGCGGUAGUCUCUCUGUCCGAGCCGUCGGCCAACCGACGACGCAUACCCGGAUCCCGGCGUCCCGUGUACGCGCGUUGUGCCCGUUACCCUCCCACACACGACAUUCACACACGCUCUCUCACACACAUACACACACCCACACUCACCCACACACACACACACAUAUACCAACACACACACACUCGCACGCAUACACAUACACACACACACACACCACACACACACACAAACACACAAUCAGACUCACACACGCACACGCACAUACACACAAAACGUAAAUAACACGCAUCUGCAUGACGUACGCUAUACAAGAAAAAUAAUAUUACACAUGUUAUAAUAUAAUAUAUUAAUCUAUGUUAUCGUAAACGCCGGUUUUUCGUUUGUUUUUUUUUUUCAAAUUUUAAAAAUCAUUUUUUUUUUUUUUAAAUUGCAGUGAUAAUACGAUACAAUUCACACAACAUCGGCACACACGCGUAUUAUAGGCGUGCAUGUGCGCGUAACACAUAUUGUUUCAACACAGUAAUAAACCGUUCGCGAGCGUUAUCUAUUUCUCCCUCCCCGGCGCGGCGUGUGCCACCGAUAGCCCUCGCGGCGUCCGCAUCCGACUCUGACGCCGUAUGUACACUCGCGGACGCCGGUGCAGUUCGCGUACGCGCCCGCUAUGAUCGUUAUGUGUAUCGCAUAAAUUGCACGUGCGAAUUUCGAUCGUCCGCCGCCGCGGUUGGUGGCCAAAGAGAGACGGACAGUUAACGCACGGGUAACGGACAUAAUAUCGUCACAUAUUAUCGUACAAUAUCGUGCGACGGACAUCGGUCGUCCCCGCGGUAGUCGUGGUCGACGCCGCCACCGCCGCUGCUGCCGUCGCCGCCGUCGUCGUCGUCGUCGUCUCCGCCACCGGAGCAAAGGAGCCGCCGACGUCUCGUCCGACGAGUACUCUAUGCUCGCUUAGGUAAAAACUACGGUCCGUGUGAUGGGUGCGCCGGAAGACCGCGGCCGCCAUGUUUGUCAGACGGCGGACGUUGUUCGCGGCACCACUCAGCGCGGUGCGGUACGGCGCCCGGUGCGGUGUGCGACGUGUGCGGCUCGGCAAUCGCGGUCGGCGACCGGCAGCGGCUGUGGCUGCUGCGACAGCUGAGGUGGCGGCGGCGUCGUUGAUAAGGCGCCGGUGGCGGCCAGCACCAUGGUGGUGUCGCCCGCAGGAUGAAGAAGCAAAACGUCCGCACAUUAUCGUUGAUCGUUUGUACGUUCACCUAUCUGCUCAUCGGCGCCGCCGUGUUCGACGCCCUGGAGUCCGAGACGGAGAUACGCCGGAAACAAGCGCUGGACUCCAUAGAAGGGAUAAUCCUCAACAAGUACAACAUAUCCACAGACGACUAUCGGCUGAUCGAGACAAUUGUGCUCAAGUCAGAACCUCACAAGGCCGGACAACAGUGGAAGUUCGCCGGAGCAUUUUACUUCGCUACAACGGUACUCACGACUAUUGGUUACGGGCACUCGACGCCGAACACAAAAUCCGGCAAGUUGUUCACCAUGUUCUACGCGAUGGUGGGCAUACCGCUGGGCCUAGUCAUGUUCCAGAGUAUCGGCGAGCAGCUGAACAAAUUCUCGUCCGUGGUGAUCAGACAGGCGAAGAGGGCACUUGGCUGCAAGCGUACCGAAGCUACCGAGAUCAAUCUCAUAUUCGUCGUGUCCUUUUUGUCGAGUCUGACAAUCGCGGGCGGCGCGACGGCGUUCUCCACGUACGAGGGCUGGACGUACUUUGACUCGGUCUACUACUGCUUCGUCACUCUCACCACCAUCGGGUUCGGUGACAUGGUGGCUUUACAGAAGAACAACACGUUGAACGACAAACUCGAGUACGUGGCGUUCACGUUGAUAUUCAUUCUGUUCGGGCUGGCAGUAGUGGCAGCGUCGCUCGACCUAUUGGUGCUCAGGUUUGUCACGAUGAACACCGAGGACGAGAGACGUGACGAGGCUGAAGCGUUACAAGCCGCCCAAGGAGCAGUCCGGCUGGAAGGGGACGUGAUCACCUCGCACGGGUCCGUGUCCAGCCUGCCGAUGGGCAGCGCGGCGGCCGUGGGUGGGUCGGGUCGGGGCAGGGGAUCGUCCUCGCCCGCAGACAACGCGUCCGUGUGCACUUGCACUUGCACGCGGUCGAGGAGCCGGAACGACGGGUACCGUUCGGGUGAUUCGCCGCCGUACGCAUCGGGCUCCGUCUACGGAGUCGGGACCGGACGAGGCGUCGGCGUCGGCAGCGGCGGCGACCGUGACGACGGCGACGACGGGUGCAGCGGCGACGACGACGACGACGAAGACGACGACGGUUGUGAACCGCACGACAUACAGCUGGAGACGUUCUACGACGGCCGUGAAACGGCGUCGACGUCGGCCGAUCCGUACAGCAUCCGGCAGCGCGUCGUACAAACGCAACAGCAACAGCAACAGCAACAGCAGCAACAGCAGCAGCAACUACAGAACGAACACAGGUCGUCCAUUUGACGUAUGUUCGCCAGUGGCGGAGGCAGCGGUGGCGACUGCGACCGCGUCGGUCAUCCGUACACGCCGUUCGCAUAGCUGGUGCAGUGCGCCCACCGUAUAUACCCAUAUACCGCGUACCGACCGCCGAUACCGCGGUAACGAUAGCGGUUCCCGGUCGCUCCGGUAGACGUGACGAUGACAACGAUUCGAACGCGAUCGAAAAACGCGUCAUACAAUUGUAUAAUAUUUUUGUCGUCGUUGCCGUCGUAUGGUAUCAUAAAAUAUUAAAAUAUAUGUUAAGUUGGUACACUGGCGGUCGAUCUGCAACGGUUUGCGACUCAUCGAUGUUCUCUUGCAGUGUCGUGUACGAUUUCGUACGGAAAAAACCGAUAUUAAAAAACCGUAGCAGCCACGUGGUCGUCGAAACCUGCGAUUGAGAAACUAAAAAACGAUGCGAAAAUCGUAAUCAACGGCCGGUCGAAUGCGGAGCUGCUGAAGCACAAAGGGGCCAUGGCUGCGUCACACCGCAGCCGUGAAGAACGAAACAAAUUUUAUUAGGAACAUUAAAAUAUUAUGAUGAUAUAAUAUUAUAUUAAACAUUUAAAUCAAAUAUUAUUAAAGAAUAAAAAAAAAAACGUAAUUAUGUACAUACAAAUACAAUAGAAAACGCGACUCAAUUUCGUAUCGACAAUUCUUUUGUUGGUCCUUUUGAGUUAUUUUUAAUAUUCUUUCUAAUUUUUUUUGUAUUUUUUUUUUAUGUUAUACCUAUAAUACACGUUAGCGUAAACGUAUUA